GUAAAUGCGUUAAAGGGGAAGUCUUGGGGGGUAUCAGUGAUGGGGGGCAGGAUCCCGUGCCCCCUGCAGUAAAGGGAGAGGUAUCAGGCUCCCCUGCCCCUUAGGGGGCACCUGUUUUUCCAUCUGCCUCAGCCCAGACACCCCUCCCCCCCACAGUCACACCAACUCUGUGCAAACUAGGGGUGGAUUUAAAGUUGCGCCUGAGGCCACGGCAGGUGCAGCCUUGCAGCUCCUGCACCUGGUCGCGGGUCCAGGCCUUUCUAACGCUCUCCCCUGUCCUUUCAGCCUGGCCGCCAUGGACGCCUUGUACAGCCGCGGAGUCCUGUUUGCCGAGAUGCUGCAGGCCGGGCCGCCCUGGCUGGAGCAGUUCUGGCUUUCGGUGACCUUCUUGGCUGAUCCCAAAUGUAUCUUCAUUGUCUUCUUCCCCCUGGCUUAUUUUCUGGACCGGAAGGUUGGGGUGGCAGUGCUGUGGAUCGGUUUAGUCUCCGAGUGGCUCAAUAUAGUGGCUAAAUGGCUCUUGUUUGGUGAACGGCCAUUCUGGUGGGUCUAUGAAUCUGGACUCUCCAGCAAGGAAAAAGUCCUGCUUCGCCAGUUCCCUGUCUCCUGUGAAACAGGGCCAGGUAGCCCCUCUGGCCAUUGCAUGAUCACAGGGGCAGCCUUGUGGCCUAUCGCCACUGCUCUCACGGCGUUGGCAUCCCGACACUCCACUAGCCGGCUGGUGAAGCUAACCCCCUUCCUGGCCUACUUUCUCCUCCUGCUGGCUGUGGGGCUCUCGCGCAUCUUCAUCCUGGCGCACUUCCCUCACCAGGUGCUAGGUGGCAUUGUGGCUGGAGCCGCCCUGGGCUGGAUGCUGGAUUCCUGCGUCCCAGCAGAGAGGAAGCUGAGUUUCUACCUUGCCACUUCGCUAGCCCUGCUGCUGAGCGCCAUUGGGCUGUACUGGAGCAUGGUCGCUCUUGGCGUGGACAUCGACUGGAAUCCCCACCCUUCCUCUGGGUGCCACACAGCCGAUUCUACAGUCACUCCAGCUGAGAAGGCAGAAUUGCCCAAGAGAGAGCAGGCCCAGGGACCGGAUAACACCCACACUCUUGGAAAGUGCCUUGGAGAGCAGCGACCAGGGGGCCCUGGCCAGGCACACCACCGGUGUGUUGGCUUCAGCAUCCUCUUGGUCCAGGGCUCUCUCCUGGCACAGUUCAAGGAGCCACCUCUGGGCAUAAUUUAUUCAGAACACAGACCAACAGCUCAGCCCUUUUCAGCCAUCCAGCUCUGGCUCCUCAGGGCAGCAGGGUCACUCAGCUAGCCAUUCCACCGAUCUCCUAGCCCUCAGCCCCCUGGCACUAGCUCUGCAGCUCAGGAAGGUCAGCUGAUGGCCCCUCACCUGGGCUCAGCAAUUUCUCCCUAGUCCCAGGAAGGGCCUGCAGAGCUUUCCGCUCUCUGCAGCU